AUGUCUGGGAUGGACGCGUCUGUGGACGAGCUGAACGGCACGGAGCUGGACAACGGGACAUUUUUAAAGCUAAUGCCGACCUCCAUCUCCACGGCAGCCGCCGCGGCGUCGUCCGGACGUCCGGACAACGUUUACGUCUACGUCUCCAUCUUCCUCAGCCUCCUGGUCUUCCUCCUCACGCUCCUCAUCAUCGCCCUCCACAGGCUGAAGAACAUCAUUUCAUCCAGCUCCUCUUACCCGGAAUGCAGCAGCGAGGCCGGCAGCUCCUUCACCAACAUGGAGAUCUGCAGCCUGUCCUCCCAAAGAUCCACUGUCUCCUCUCUGUCGUCCUGA